AUGAAGGCCGCCGCGGCGACGCUUGUGCUGGCGCUGGUGGUCGCGGCCGCCGCCGUGGCCCCGUCGCCAUCCGCCGCGGCGGUGGCGAAGAACACCGUCGGCGCCCACCACCGCCACGGCCCCCGCUGGCGCGACCACUACCACCGCGGCAGCCGGUCCCCCCUGGCGGGGCUGACGGAGUGCGUCACCGUCUGCGGGUCGGGGGUGACGGGGUGCAUGCUCGACUGCUACAAGCCGUCGCUGGGGCUGGACCCCGUGCAGCUGCCCGUCUGCCUCCUCAAGUGCACCAACGACGCCAUGAUCUGCGGCUCCAGCUGCUCCACCAACCUCUAGCUUGCUAUCCAGCCAUCCCAUCUAUCGAUCGCACACAAAUAUUACAUAAUCCCGCCACCACUUAGCUAAGUAAAGGAAACGAUCGAAUGCCACGCCAUGCGAAAAUGCCCCUCCCACACCAGAGACUGUACUUGAUGCAUUCCAUGCGUACUACCAAUGGCUUGCGAACUCGUCGUGCUCAUCAUGAAU